GUAGGCAAGACGUAUCUAUGUGUAGCUUGAUGUAUUAAGACGGGCCUCUUUUUGAUACACUCAGUCUACUCAGGGUCAGCAUCAUGAGAACUCAGACGUGAAAGUCAUUCUCGUGAUACUGCAAAUACAAACGAUUCAAGGACUAUUCAUCAACGCUAUACUCUUACUCGUAUAGCCGUUUCAAGCUGCACAUCCUCAUUUCACAAAAAAUGCCACGCGGAAACAGCAGUUCGAAGUCUGGCUCUUCGCCGCAGAAGUCGUCGAGCGUGUCAAACAAGGCUGCCCCCGGUCCUAGUUACGGCACCCACAAGCGUCCGUCCAACCCAACACCUGCUCCGACCACGCCCGCCCCUGCCGCAACGCCUGCUCCUGCCGCCACUCCUCCUGCUCCGGUAGCUGCACCCGCUGCCCCUCCAGUUGCACAACAACAUGCUGCGCCGCCUCCAGCAGCUGCGCCGGUUUCGGCACCACCCGCAGCUCCUGCUGCUGGCGGAGGUGGUGGAAUGAUGUCGGGUUUAAUGGGAUCUAUGGCAAGUGGGAUGGCCACGGGCGUUGGUAUGUCGGUUGCAAAUCGUGCUGUCGACUCGAUCCUUGGCCCGCGUCAGACCGAAGUCGUUCAUAAAAACGGUACUUCAAGCGAUUCUACGAUAUUCACAUGAAUCAGAAAGAUAGAACCGAUUCUACGUGUCCUCUGCUUCCGUUCAACAACACCAACAAACAUAGUACUUAGAUAUAAUGACCAUGUCCAUUUGCAUUCGUCACUCCCCACAUUAACUAUACAGAAGGAGCACCUGCUCCGGCAGCUGCUGCUCCUGCGGGUCCGACCUGCACAGAGGAAGCCGGGUGGUUGAAGCAAUGUAUUGAUACGAAAGGUGGGCCGACCGACGAAUGCAGCAAGUACGAAGAGAUGCUGAAAAACUGUCGCAUGGGUGCCUAA